CCUGCUGGUGAGGCUCAUAAGCAGCCUAUCAGGGGAACGGAAGGAUAGAGAGUGCUUAUUGGGUAGGAAGUCCUCUUGCGGGUGCACGGGCUCAUAGAGAGAGUGGUGUUUUGUGUCUGAAGGAAAUGGCUACAGCAAGCGGUAGAGGAACAGGUUAUAGAGCCCCAUGCAGAGCAUUCCUCAGGGGUGUCUGUCAUUGGGGUGUGAACUGCCACUUCUCCCAUGAAAGGAAGCCUGCUCCACUCUGCCGGCAUUUUCAAAAUGGGUUCUGUAGCUAUGGUAACAAGUGCAGUUUUCAGCACACAACGACUUAUCUUCCUCCUGAUGCCUCUUAUUACCACCCUGGACGCAGAGUUUCUGAGCCCUGCAUUGUUCCGCAUGUCGGUGAACCAUCUACUGGACGAAGGGGCUCUGAGCCAUCGCUUUUUCCUUGGCACACAUCUGGUUCAGAAAGCCAGACAAGAUCUAUCCAGUCACCCACAGGAAACUGGGCUCUUGCUGCAGAAUUUAUACCUAGGAAUGCAGGACUUGUUAGAUCUGUGUCUAGUCCUGUCCUAAUGGAUGGGUCUCUGCCUAAGCAAACUGAAGGCCAAGAUGACAAACCUCAAACAUCUACGAAGAUGCUGCAUUCAAAAAAGGGGGAGGUUCCAGGACAUCAGUAUGAACGCAGUAGCAGUGUGAUCUGUGGCAUCUGCAUGGAUAAAGUGUAUGAUAAGCAGGUAGCUGAAGAGAGGGUGUUUGGAAUCUUGCCCAACUGCAGCCAUCCUUUCUGUGUCAGCUGUAUAAAACGCUGGAGGAACACUAGAGAGUUUCAGAAUGAGGUUAUUAAAGGCUGCCCACAGUGUCGUGUAAAGUCCAGUUACUUUAUUCCUCAUAAAUACUGGAUUGGAGAUUCUGAUGAGAAACUAAAAUUAAUUGAAGAUUUUAAAGCAAAGACUGGUAAGAUUCGCUGUCGCUUCUUCAUUCAAAGUAACGGACGAUGCCCCUUUAAAUCUGAAUGUAUCUAUCUUCAUGAAUUGCCACAUGGUCACCAGCGCAGGAGGAGGAGAGAUCAGAGACGAGCCAGCGCCUCUGCCCUAUCCUAUUCUCACCUGGUUGGAAUCUAUGAAGAAGACUUCAGUGAGGGCGAGGACAUUAAUCUUCUGCACUGCGCUCUCACCUUGGCCCUCCUUGAAGAUCACUUCAAUGAAUGGAGUCUGGGCUUUCCUGAGGAAGUUGACAUUUAUCUGGGGGAGUUUAGUGAUUCUGACUAGUAGAUAAAAUUUCUUAAAUACUGUUUUUGUAAAACUUUAAAUUCUAAGCAAUAUGCAUUUUUGUGAUUUAAAUAUUUAAUAUUGCCCCCUUGCCUCUGGGUUUAACCCUUGCAGUGCUUUUCUUAGUAGGCAUCUGAAGACCCACUGGAAAUAUGGGAAUGUUUUGAAAAUUUUGUAGGUUUUUCUAGCUUGACAUUUUAAAUUUUGUUAAAUAGUUGGUAGUUUAAUGGAAUAAAGAUUUGUACUUUGCUUACA